GACGUCACGGGCCGGCGGUAGCCAAUCAGCAGCCGCCAGGUCAGGAGCCAGCGGGAUGAGACAAGAUGGCGGCGAGAGGAGGCAGGAACGGCGGCAUCCUGGAGAAAUGGAAAAUUGAUGACAAGCCAGUAAAAGUUGACAAAUGGGAUGGCUCCGCAGUUAAAAAUUCUCUGGAUGAUGCAGCUAAAAAGGUCCUUCUUGAAAAGUAUAAAUAUGUGGAAAACUUCUGCCUGAUCGAUGGCCGCCUCAUAAUCUGCACCAUCUCCUGCGUCUUCGCUAUUGUAGCCUUGGUGUGGGAUUAUUUGCAUCCGUUCCCAGAAUCCAAGCCUGUGUUAGCUUUUUGUGUCAUAUCCUAUUUCUUGAUGAUGGGUGUCCUCACUGUCUACACUUCGUACAAGGAAAAGAGCAUUUUCCUGGUCGCUCACAGAAAGGAUCCAGCGGGAAUGGACCCUGAUGACAUUUGGCAUCUCUCCUCCAGCCUGAAACGGUUUGAUGACAAAUACACCCUGAAAGUCACCUAUAUCAAUGGCAAAACAAAGAAUCAACGGGAUGCUGAGUUCACCAAAUCCAUCGCCAAAUUCUAUGAUGAGAAUGGCACGUUAGUGAUGGACAUGUUUGAGCCAGAAGUCUCCAAGCUCCAUGAUAGUUUAUCUGCUGAGAAAAAGACAAAGUAACAGUUCACAUCAGGGUCUUCCUGCCAGGAUAAGAGGGAAGAAAACAGAAGUCUUGUAAAAAAAAAUACCAUGGUAACCAACCUGCAGCUCCCUAGCCUCUAAACCUGAUUCCAUGACCUUGCUCAGGGUGAUGGAGGAUCAUUGGAAUGGAACAGUAGCUGUAGCUUGUGUUGCCAUUUCCCAUGCUCCUUUUGCCUUAAGCUGGCAUGGUAUCAUGAAACCUGUAGUUCCAGACCGCUGUUAGAUUGAGUUAGCUUCCCCCUGCUGUCAAGCCACAGAUUGGUUACCUUUGCUAUAAAGGAAUGUUUAUGCUUUUCCUGCCCCGAAGGCCAGUGCCUGCUUCCUUUUUUGUUUUUCUUUCAUCCAAGUGAUAAAUGCUGGUCGAAUACGCUGCUGCCGUUUCGGGUUGGGAAAGGGGCUAAUAAGGAUUUUGUCCUGAAAUCAUCAAACUAUGCUUUUCAGUAAUCUGCAAAAUAAGAGACUUAAACAUAGUGUUGGUAAAGUGUCAGGAUAAUGUUUAUGUUCUUGACUAUAUUGUAGCCAAGAUUAUCAUAUUAAAAUCCACACUAAAGCCAUUCCUGGUUUACCUGCAUUAAGAGAAAUGCCUUAAUCCUACUUGCGCAAUUAACAUAAUUUCUAAAUAUCAUAGGCAAUACAGUUUUGUGAAUUACCAAUAUUACACCCUAGAGGGCGCUUCCACACUCUGCUUACUAUACCAUCAAAUGGAUAUUUCAUUUUGAGCAUCACAUUAUGUUGCAUAAAAGAUUUAGGUGUAUCCGUUCUUUUCUAAGAAAAAAAUGUCAGCAAGCCAGGGAUUUUAAAAUGAAAGCCAUGAAUGUAUAAACUGUUACUAAUGUGAAACGUCCCCAGUUCCAUCCCCUUCACUGGUGUGGAAUACGUGCUGUUCACUGGCAUGGGUACAACUGGUCCACAUAAUAUUUGUAUUAUGUGUUUGUAACGGUAAUUUAAGAUCAUUGAUGAAUCUUCAAGUUAAUGUGAUUGUGUGAGCACCGAACUAUAGUGAAAUAUCUGCUUAAGAACAGAUUUAUUUAGAUCCAAAGAGCCAGACGCUUACAUUUAAUGAUAACCAAACAUCUUUCUAAUGUAUCUUUCUAAUAUAACCAUCAAAACAAACUUGCAACUUAAUGUAUGAUUUUUCAACACCAUACACAAUUUUAAAUGUUUUUUGGUAAUUUAAAAAAUUUACAUCUAAAAACUUUUUUUUAUGUCGCAUGCCCAAGCUACAAAGUCACAUUUUAUGCAUUUCAGGACAAAACCCUACCGUAAACAGAAAUCUGUCCAUUCUUUUAUUUUUUAAUAUUUAUUUGAUGGGAAUAAAAGUUAUUUUGUAAACCAUGUAAGAGGAAGUGAUGAGCAGAAUGUAGAGGUCAUUCUGUCUACCUGUUGAGCUUAGUAUUGUCUUCAGGCCUAUAAUAAACCAAGCAUUUAUAGAUCUGUUACUGUUCUUGUUCUGUCUGAUGUUACAUUCCACUUCUGUUGAGCAUUUUGUUUCUGACCACUGUUUUCUAAGUCUUGUUUUCCAAUAAAAGGAGAGAUGAGGUA